GUCCCCAUCAGGAGUCCGGAGUCCGGUUUACUAAUCAGCUGGGUCGGUCUGCCUGUCUGUCUAUCUGCCUGCCUGCCUGUCUGUCUGCCUGCCUGUGUGGAGGGACUCAGCUGCAGCGGGAGGAUGCUCUCUCCUCCUACCGGGAUUCAGGACUUCCCUCUGUUGUCAUCCGGCCGGGAUGCUGCGGUCUGAUCCCGGGGCUUCUCCCCUCCUCCGCUCGCUGAAGUUGACUCUCCUGCGGUGAAUAAACCCUCUUUUUUUUAGCCUCUUCCUCUCUCCUCCUCCUCUUCCCCCGGCUCCCUCCGGAACGAUCAUUUCACAGUGGAAAUAAUCCGCUUCUUCUUUUUAAUUCAGAGAUGAUGAUGAGGCUACACACCCUGUCCCCCUGAUUGCUGGAUUAAAAAAACAAUUAUUUUAACUCGCGCACGGAUUUGUGAAUGGGCUCGUGAGCCUCCGCACGUUUUCCUUUUUUUCCCUUCUCCACCUUUCCGCGCUGAACGCGCGUUAAAUCCUUGGAGGGCUGAUGUGAACAACCGGGGUGAGGGGGGAUACCGGAGGAACAACAAACAAACAACCCGUGCUGUAUUAACCAUGGCUGGUACUGAUGUGAAGGAUUAGUGUGAGGAGGGAUUAUCUUUUUCAGGAGUAGAAUCCUCCAUCAUUUGUUUUUUUGUUAAAAUUUAUUGGACAGAACUUCUAUGUUCUAUAUUUGUUCUUUUUUAAUUUCCUCUUUGAAUUUUUUUUUUAAAGAAAAGUAAAUCCUUUGCCUAAAAGCGGAGAAUCUUCCAGGCUGAGGCUCAAAUGAACGAGACUCAGAGAAAAAAACACAACAAAGUUCGUUUUAUAAAGAAAAAAAAACUGCACAGCUAUUAAAUACCAUCAAUCACGAUGGGCUUGUUGUGACGUCACGGUUUAUUAUUUAUAGUGCAAUAAGAGCACUGUGAGUCCCUUUAGAAAUAUUAAAGGAAAUUGCAUUCAAACCACAAGAGAUAACAAAUACCACACUGGAGAAACUCUGCAGGACUAUUCAUUCAGCAGCAGACCUGAGGAGGAAGAUGAUGAGGAAGAUGAUGGCUGAUUGAGAGCAAAGAGCUCUGAGCCACCUGUUUUUUCCCCUGAGCUUCUUAAUUCACCUGCCGGAUGCAGAACUAUGGACAUGAAGAUCUGAUCGAAGAUGGAAAAUGACCAGAUUUUAACCCAGCAGAAGAAACCGGAGUGAACCAGCAGCAGGCGUCCCCCCGUCAGAUGAGCGAGGAUGUCGGACCGGAGCGCCCCGGGCUGCCGGCUCCGGCUGGACUGGGUCUACGGGUACCGGGGCCACCAGUGCCGGAAUAACCUGUUCUACACCGCCGGGAAGGAGGUGGUGUACUUCGUGGCCGGGGUCGGUGUGGUGUACAACACCAGGGAGCACAGCCAGAGGUUUUACCUGGGCCACAACGAUGACAUCAUCAGCAUGGCGUUGCACCCGGAGCGCUCCCUGGUGGCGACGGGUCAGGUGGGGAAGGAUCCCUACGUGUGUGUGUGGGACUCCUUCACUGUCCAGACCGUCUCUCUGCUCCGGGACGGACACACACACGGCAUCGCCUGCCUCGCAUUCAGCGCUGACGGACAGCGGUUAGCCUCGGUCGGCCUGGAUGCCAAAAACACAUUGUGUAUCUGGGAGUGGAAAAGAGGGAAGAUCCUGGCUACAGCCACCGGACACUCAGACAGGAUCUUCGAUGUCAGCUGGGAUCCAGUUCAACAGAACCGCCUGGUGAGCUGUGGAGUUAAACACAUCAAGUUCUGGUCUCUGUGUGGGAACGCUCUCACUCCAAAGAGGGGGAUUUUUGGGAAGACGGGCGACCUGCAGACCAUCCUGUGCGUGGCGUCCGCUAAAGAUGACCUGACGUACUCCGGUGCGCUCAACGGGGACAUCUACGUCUGGAAGCUCCUCAACCUGACGCGAACAGUUCAGGCGGCACACGGGGCUGGUAUCUUCAGCAUGUAUUUCUGCGAGGAGGGUUUUGCAACCGGGGGCAGAGACGGCUGCAUCCGACUGUGGGACGCCGACUUCAAGCCGAUCACCAAGAUCGACCUCCGAGAGGCCGAGCAGGGUUAUAAAGCACUGUCUAUUCGCAGCGUCUGCUGGCGAGCAGACCGAAUCCUGGCGGGAACACAAGACAGCGAGAUCUUUGAGGUGAUGGUGAGGGAUCGGGACAAGCCGCUGCUGAUCAUGCAGGGACACGGCGAGGGCGAGCUCUGGGCGCUGGACGUUCACCCCAAAAAACCUUUGGCCGUCACCGGCAGCGACGACCGCUCCGUCAGGUUGUGGAGUCUGGUUGAUCACGCCCUCAUCGCUCGUUGCAACAUGGAGGAGGCGGUGCGGAGCGUGGCGUUCAGCGUGGACGGGUACCAGCUGGCUCUGGGCAUGAAGGACGGAUCCUUCACUGUGCUGAGAGUCAGAGACAUGACGGAGGUCGUCCACAUCAAAGACAGGAAGGAGGUGAUCCACGAGAUGAAGUUCUCUCCAGACGCAGCGUACCUCGCCGUCGGCUCCAACGACGGACUGGUGGACAUCUACGCCGUCGCCCAGAGAUACAAGAAGGUAGGAGAAUGCUGUAAUUCAGCCAGUUUCAUCACACACCUGGACUGGUCUCUGGACAGCAAGAUCCUGCAGACCAACGACGGAGCUGGAGAACGCCUCUUCUACCGAAUGCCCAUGGGGAAGCUGAUUGUCAAUACGGAGGAGGUCAAAGGUCAGCGCUGGGCGUCCUGGAGUUGCGUCCUGGGCUCAGAGGUCAGCGGCAUCUGGCCUAAAUACUCUAAUCUAGCCGAGAUCAACGCAGUGGAUGCCAACCACGCCGCCGCUGUGCUGGUUACCGGGGACGACCUCGGCCUCGUGAAGCUCUAUCGCUUCCCCUGUCUGAGGAAAGGAGCGAAAUUCAAGAAGUACAUCGGCCACUCUGCCCACGUGACCAACGUCCGCUGGUCACAUGACCUGCAGUGGGUGCUGACCACAGGUGGGGCCGACCACGCCCUCUUCCAGUGGAGGUUUCUUCCAGAGUCGGUCAUGAACGGAGGACCGGACGCCAACAUACAGGACGGUCCUGGGGACUCUAACAGCGAGGAGUCGGACAGCGACGUGUCCGAUGUCCGGGAGCUCGACUCCGACAUUGAGCAGGAAACACAGAUCAACUACGACAGACAGGUGUAUAAGGAGGACCUGCCUCAGUUGCGACAGCAGAGCAGAGAGAAGAAGCAGCAGGUUGGAUCUCUGAAGAGACAGAGAGGACCCGACCAAGGCCUCCGUCUGCAGUUUGUUCACGGGUACCGUGGUUACGACUGCAGGAACAACCUGUUCUACACUCAGGGUGGUGAGGUGUUGUACCACGUGGCGGCGGUGGGCGUGGUCUACAACCGGCAGCUGCACAGCCAGCGCUUCUACCUCGGCCACGACGACGACAUCCUGAGCCUCAGCAUCCACCCGCUGAAGGACUACGCUGCUACGGGACAGGUGGGGAGGGACCCGGCUGUCCAUGUGUGGGACAUCCAGACUCUGAAGUGUCUCUCGUUGCUGAGAGGUUUCCACCAGAGAGGAGUGUGUGCGCUGGACUUCUCAGCCGAUGGAAAGACUCUGGUGUCCGUGGGAGUCGAUGACGGACAUUCCAUUGUUGUCUGGGACUGGAAGAGAGGAGAGAAACUCGCCAUGGCCAGGGGUCACAAGGAGAAGAUAUUUGUGGUGAAGUGUAAUCCCAUGCUGAUGGACAAACUGGUCACUGUGGGGAUCAAACACAUCCAGUUCUGGCAACAUGCAGGCGGCGGUCUGACCUCCAGGCGUGGUGUGUUCAGGAGCGUGGGCCGUCCGGAGACCAUGAUGUCGGUGUGUUACGGCCGCAGCGAGGCGCUGGUGUUCUCCGGCGCCGCCACCGGAGACGUUUACAUCUGGAAGGAGGCGCUGCUGCUGAAGACGGUCAAGGCCCACGACGGGCCGGUGUUCGCCAUGUUCUCCCUCGACAAGGGCUUUGUGACGGGCGGGAAGGACGGCGUGGUGGCGCUGUGGGACGACAUGUUCGACCGCUGCCUGAAGACCUACGCCAUCAAGAGGGCGACGCUGUCCCCGGGCUCCAAAGGCCUGCUGCUGGAGGACAACCCGUCCAUCAGGGCCAUCACUCUGGGUCACGGUCACCUCCUGGUGGGAACCAAAAACGGAGAAGUUCUGGAGAUCGACAAGACCGGACCCAUGACCCUGCUGGUGCAGGGCCACAAUGAGGGAGAAGUCUGGGGUCUGGCCCCUCACCCCCUCCUCCCCAUCUGUGCCACCGUCAGCGACGAUAAGACCCUGCGACUGUGGGAGACGUCGGCCAAUCACCGCAUGGUGGCCGUCCGCAAGCUGAAGAGAGGCGGUCGCUGCUGCGCCUUCUCCCCCGACGGAAAGGCGUUGGCCGUCGGUCUGAGCGACGGUGGCGUGCUGGUGGUGAACGCCGACACGCUGGAGGAUCUCCAGAGCUUCCACCAUCGCCGCGACGCCAUCUCUGACGUCCGCUUCAGCCCAAACUCCGGUAAAUUCCUGGCGGUGGCGUCACACGACAGCUUUGUGGACAUCUACAACAUGCAGAGCAGUAAGAGAGUGGGGAUCUGCAAAGGGGCGACCAGUUACAUCACACACAUCGACUGGGACGCUCGAGGUAAACUGCUGCAAGUGAACACAGGAGCCAAAGAGCAACUUUUCUUUGAAGCCCCAAGAGGAAGAAGACACACCAUCAAAAACUCUGAGCUGGAACGAGUGGAGUGGUCCAGCUGGACGUGUGUUCUGGGUCCGAGCUGUGACGGGAUCUGGCCGACGCACAGCGACAUCACCGACGUCAACGGCGCGUCGCUCACCAGAGACGGAGCGCUGCUCGCCACCGGAGACGACUUUGGCUUCCUGAAACUGUUCGGCUACCCGGUUCAGGGUCAGUACGCUCGUUUCAAGCGCUACGUGGGCCACAGCGCUCAGGUGACAAACGUGCGCUGGGCUCAGGACGACGGCGCCCUGCUGACGGUGGGCGGGGCCGACACCGCCCUGAUGAUCUGGGCGAGGGAGCGAGGAGGCGGGGUCAGUGUGGAGGGGGAGGGGCCUCUGUGUGGCGACAACCAACCCACCGUGGACAGCGAAGAGUCGGAGGACGACGUCGAAGAGGACGGAGGUUACGACAGUGACGUUGCCCGAGAGAAGACGGUGGAUUACCCCACGAAGAUGUACGCCGUCAGCCUCAGAGAGAUGAGGGGAACCAAGCCGCACCACCAGCUGAAGGAGGUGUCUGCAGAGGAGAGGCCUCCGGUGAGUCGGGCGGCGCCGCAGCCGGAGAAACUCCAGAAGAACAACGUCUCCAAGAAGAAGAGACUGGUGGAGGACCUGGUCUUGGACCACGUAUUUGGUUUCCGGGGCUACGACUGUCGCAACAACCUGCACUACCUCAACGACGGCACCGACAUCGUCUACCACACCGCCACCACCGCCAUCGUCCACAGUCUCUCCGCUGGAACUCAGAGCUUCUACCUGGAACACACGGAUGACAUCCUCUCUCUGACCGCCAAUCAGCACCCGAAAUACAAAAAUGUCAUCGCUACUGGACAGAUCGGUGACGUCAGUGAACUGCCAGGCACCACUCCCUCCAUCCAUGUGUGGGAUGCGAUGAGCAAGCAGACUCUGUCCAUCCUCCGCUGUCCUCACACAAAAGGCGUCGGCUACGUUAACUUCAGCGCCACGGGGAAGCUGCUGCUCUCGGUCGGAGUGGAACCUGAACACACCAUCACUGUGUGGCGCUGGCAGGAGGGAUCCAAAGUGUGCAGUAAAGCCGGACACCCGGACCGGAUCUUCGUGGUGGAGUUUCGGCCGGACUCGGACUCCCAGUUCGUGUCGGUGGGAAUCAAACACGUGAAGUUCUGGACGCUGGCCGGCGGCGCUCUGAUGUACAAGAAGGGCGUGGUGGGCACGGUGGAGGACGGCAGGAUGCAGACGAUGCUCUCGGUCGCCUUCGGCGCUAAUAACUUGACGUUCACCGGAGCCAUCAACGGGGACGUGUACGUGUGGCGGGACCACUACCUGCUGAGGGUGGUGGCAAAGGCUCACACCGGGCCGGUCUUCUCCAUGUACACCACCCUGAGAGACGGCCUCAUCGUCACCGGGGGGAAGGAGAGGCCGACUAAGGAGGGCGGUGCGGUGAAGCUCUGGGAUCAGGAGAUGAAACGGUGUCGAGCCUUCCAGCUGGAGACGGGGCGGCAGGUGGAGUGCGUCCGGUCUGUCUGCAGAGGCAAAGGUAAAAUCCUGGUGGGCACGAAGGACGGGGAGAUCCUCGAGGUCGGGGAGAAGAACGCGGCGUCCAACCUGCUGCUGGACAGUCACGCUCGGGGGGGCAUCUGGGGUCUGAGCGCCCAUCCCACCAAAGAGCUCUGCAUCACCGCCAGUGACGACGCCACCAUCCGGCUGUGGGACCUCACCGACAAGAAACUGCUGAACAAGGUGUGUGUGGGCCACGCCGCCCGCUGCGUGAGUUACAGCGCGGAUGGAGAGAUGCUGGUGGUGGGCAUGAAGAACGGCGAGUUCCUCCUCCUCCUCGCCAACUCCCUGAAGAUGUGGGCGAAAAAACGAGACCGCAGUGUCGGCAUCCAGGACAUCCGGUUCAGUCCUGACCGGCGGCUGCUGGCGGUCGGUUCUGUGGAGAACACGGUGGACAUCUACGACGUGAGCGGAGGACCGACUCUGAACCGUCUGGUUUACUGCAGCGACGUCCCGGCUUUCAUCCUGCAGCUCGACUUCUCUGCUGACAGCUGUUACAUACAGGUGUCCACUGGAGCCUAUAAGCGACAGGUGUUUGAGGUUCCUUCAGGAAAGGUGGUGAACGACCAGACCACCAUCGACAGAAUCACCUGGGCAACCUGGACCAGCAUUCUGGGAGAUGAAGUUUUGGGGAUUUGGCCACGAAACGCAGACAAAGCUGAAGUCAACUGUGCGUGUGUCUCUCACGCCGGCCUGAAUGUCGCCACCGGCGACGACUUUGGUUUGGUCAAACUGUUCGACUUCCCCUGCACAGAAAAGUUUGCCAAACACAAGCGCUACCUCGGCCACUCGGCUCACGUGACCAAUAUCCGGUUCUCUCAUGAAGACAAUUAUGUCAUCAGCACAGGAGGAGACGACUGCAGUGUGUUUGUGUGGAAAUGCCUGUGAAGCUCAGAGGCUCAACGCGCCUUCAGAAGCACCGCGAGGAAUCGAACCGGCAACCCAUUUCCAGAGUUUAGAAGUCGGAGAUGGGAAGGGGAUGAGAGUUUUAGAUUCUGGUGGCGAGACAGAAAAACUUCAUGAUCGAUCACAAGACUCCGUAAAAAAAAUUAUCAAAUGAAGAAUCAUCCGGUGUUUUUUGUUUGUUUACUUGAAUUCAAAACUGCCCAGUUAGUCACUGUGAAGAAGAGGUUCAGCUUACAGUCAUCAAGCUCUUCCUCACAAAGAGACCCAGAGCGUCCAGGGGCCAGAUGCACAGAAACUUAUGUACAGACAAGACACAAAAUAUAUGCAUCGCCCCCUGGUGGUUCAUUAAUGAAAUUGCGCUUUUCUGGUCUGGAAAACAAACUGUGGACAUCAACGAAAUGAUAGUUUGUGUCUUUUUAUACAUCGGCCUCCUGGAAUCGGACGCGCCUGUGCUGAUGAUGCAUUCAGGUUACCGUUAGCAAAAAAAACAACUAAAAACAACGUUUGACAUUUACAGAUUGUUUCACGACGAACAAAUACACCGACGGGAAGUGACGAACUGGAACACACUGGGUUUGAACCCAUUUAAAGACGUUCUUAACUGGUAUGGGACACACAGAAGAUAUGAUUUAUAUUUAUAGAAAGAUGUUUGUCUGUAGGCCUAACCCGAGAAAAUAUUUUAUUUAAACUCACGUUUCCUUUCCAAGAGCCUUUCUGUCGUUGGAUAUCGCCACACUUAAGUGCCUUUCUGGGUCUUUCUAUCCGUGUUUCUUUUCUUCUUUAUCCUCGGGAGUGGGACAUUUCAUACACUGUGUAUUUUUAUUUCUUUAACCCACAACUGAACUUAUUUUGUACUCUGUCUGGUGCUACACUGAGAAUGUUUAAACUUAGAUUCAUCCAAAAUGGACGGACACAUACAAAUAUUUUCUUUGCCGCUGCUUUUUUUGUUUUUUAAAAAGACUUUAAAUGCAUCAUGAUCGUAAAAAAAAAAAUUCAAACGGGACAUCCGAAGAAAAUAAAUACUUAAUUACUAAAUGUUAUUCAUGCCUCAAUUACAGUGUGGAUGAGUUUUAUGUGUCUGAACUGUUGAUUAAUAACUUUUAACUGCC